AGGGUAAGCUACUGGAUGGUCUUCGCUGCUCACUGUUGGAAACAGAAACAGAAACUAUCAGCCGUAAGUCCUGAUUGGCCAGUGGAGACUGCCCUAAAUAUUUUUUCCAUUUGGUCAUCUGCACAUCUGCGGAGUGUGCCCUUCAGUUCCUACUGUAAGAAACGCGGAGGUCUCGACUCUGACAAGUCACAAGCUCAAAUGGAGAACACGGUCAGCUUCCCCAAGCUGAUCCGCAAAAAGAGGGAUGGGGGGCAGUUCACCCUGGAGGAGAUUCAGGCGUUUGUGCUGGCUGUCAAAGACAAGACCAUUCAAGAUUGCCAGAUAGGGGCCAUGCUGAUGGCGAUAUGGCAGAGCGGCAUGGUUGCCGAGGAGACGCUGGCACUGACACGUGAGAUGAUGCGUUCUGGGGAGGUGCUGAGCUGGCCGAAGGAAUGGACAGGGCUGGUGGUGGACAAGCACUCCACAGGCGGUGUGGGAGACAAGACCAGCCUCCCCCUGGCUCCAGCGCUGGCAGCCUGCGGCUGUAAGGUCCCCAUGAUCAGCGGCAGGUCUCUAGACUUCACAGGAGGGACCCUGGAUAAACUGGAGUCCAUCCCCGACUUCAACAUCCACCAGUCAGUGGAGCAGGUGAAGAAGAUUUUAGAGGAUGUUGGCUGCUGCAUUGUGGGCCAGACACAGAACCUGGUCCCGGUUGAUAAGGUGUUGUACGCCACACGGGAUCAAACCGCCACUGUCGACAGCUUGCCGCUCAUUACAGCUUCAAUUCUCUCAAAGAAGGGAGCCGAGUCCUUAUUCACCCUGGUUUUGGAUGUGAAGUACGGGAAGGCUGCUUUGUUCAAAGAUAUCACCAGUGCCAGGGAGAUGGCGCAGUCCUUGGUGACGGUGGGGAACAGCCUGGGCAUCAUUACAGGGGCCGCCCUCAGCAGGAUGGACACCCCCAUCGGGCUGUGCGUGGGGAAUUCUCUGGAGGUGCUGGAGUCCCUGGAGUGUCUGAAGGGCCGAGGGCCAGCUGACCUGCGUGGGCUGGUCACCUACCUGGGAGGACAACUGCUGUGGAUGAGUGGAAAGGCCCCCACCCUGGACUGUGGGGAGAAGGAGAUUUGCAGGGUCUUGGAGAACGGGGAGGCCUUGCAGAAGUUCCAGGCCAUGCUGCAGGCCCAGGGGGUGUCCGCAGAGAAUGCCCGCAUCCUGUGCUCCAUGGACACAGACUACUUCCGAGUCUUGAAACGGGCGCCUUCUGUGGUGGUGCUUAAAGCCAAGACGGAAGGCACAGUGCUCGAGGUGAACGGUUUAAUAAUAGCUGAAGUCCUUCACAAAUUGAGCGGGGGACGAACACAGACUGGAGAACUCGAUGAUCACAGUUCGGGGGCUGAGCUACUGGUCACCGCGGGGAUGGAGGUGAAGAAAGGUGACCCCUGGGUCAGAGUGCAUUGUGGGACACCAGAGUUCAACGCUAAGCUCCAGGCCUGCUUUCAGGAGGCGCUAGUGAUCGGGGCCGCUGACCACUACCACCCUGAUGGAACCUUGCUAGUUUCUGAGUUCAUCCCUCCAACAUCUUUUAAAAAAUAGAUGAUGCAGUGAGGGCUUGGUCAUCCGCUUUUAUGGGGGAAAUAAUUAAUUAAUUAAAUAAAUAAUUAAGAGGUAAAAAAAAAGUAUUAUAUGGUUGUAAUAUUUAACUAUAUCACACAGUCUCCGUUUGAUUGAGAAAUACUUCAAAAUGAAAGUUCCAUAUUGUUCUCAACAUGAACUGGGACAAUGUUCAAAGCCCUGUGUAAGUCUUUACAUAUUAUUUUGAAAAACUCAUGUCAGUUUGCAGUGCUUUCCCUGUUUGUUAAACCCAAGUGAAUGCUCUAACAGCAGUUGCUUGUUGUCGCUGGAUGGCCAGUUCUGUGUUGUACGAGUUAAAGAUCUAAAAAAUGUUAAAUAUUUCCAGGAAAGUGCACAGAGCUCAAAGCUCAACUCGUGAUGUGAUCCUUGUGCAUAACAAGUAGAUGAUGCAGUGAGGGCUUGGUCACCAUCUUUACGGAUGACUCACGGCCUGUUCCACAAAGCAGGGGUAAUGCCUUAACUGCGCUGAGUAAAACCUGGACCCCGCCCCACAUCUGGAACACAGACUGAAGUGAGGAGGGUCCACCGGAUUUUACUUUAUGCAGUUAUCUGGGUAACUCAGUAAUCCUGUUUUCUGGAACAGGUCCUAGGUCAAGAGAAAUCCUCAUGAGAGCAUUCAAUCCACUGCUGGACAAAAUAAUACAUAAUGUUACAAAUACAUUCCCGUUGGAAAUUCACUGGGGAAAGCACAAAAAUAUGCAUGUCCAGUAAACAGUGGCUUUUCAUAUUGUCGCUAAAAAUUAUAUUCUGUAUGGGUAUACAGUGUAUUAGAUAUAUUCAGACACAGUAAUUUAAAAUCAAUCGGUAUAACAUAUUUACCCAGGCGAGUAACAAACUGGCAGACAUAAUUUUGAAGAUUUUGAGAAAGUCUGCUUGUAAAUUGAUUAUGAAAAGUAUUACAAAAAUAAUUAUUUCAAUAAUAAUUAAACACUUUGAGCCUUAACCUUAUUAUUUUCACUGUAAAAACAUGGCAACUUUAAACACCAGUCUACAGGCAAAUGAAAAACGAUAAAAGGAAAGGCUAUAAACAUUAGUGACUGAAAAAUUGAUUUUACAACUGGACCUGAUAACAAAGUCAAUAAGUUCAAGUUCUACUGAGCAGACCAAUGUCCUGUAUUGGCUUCUCAUCCUGUGCCCUCUCAUGUACUCGCCUUAUGUUUCCAUCAUGUUUGCACGAAUCAUUGGAUAAUUUAUCCAGUUAAAGACCCUCGUAAAGACCCUUACCCUGUGUAGCACAGGUACUCUGAACACGCCACUGGAGGAAGGGAGGGAGAGUGAGAGAGUGAAAGAGAGAGAGGAACCAAGGCAAUAAUGUUACAGCCUUUUAAAUUGGGAUUGUGUAUAAAAAAAAUACUGAAAACAUUUGAAUAAAUCAUUUUUUUUAGAAAAGCUUUAAAAUGGAGGGGUACGUAGAGUCAUGCUGCAUACAGUUCUGGUCUGCAGGCUUUGCAGGGCCAUCUGUGAGGUCGCUCGCUGCCAUUGGAUUGAGCUCGCCCAGCACUUAUUUCGAUUGGUGGAGGGAGGUUCAGGCCGAAACACACAGUCCAGGCUGGCCCCGCCCUAUUCUGCAGGCUGUAACGAGGGGCACUUAAUUGCAUUGGGAAGCAAGAGAGUGGGCUCUUACUUAUUUCUAUUGUUUGCUCGCUCCUUUUCCUACUCCUAGCCCUACCACAAAGGAUGCACUGAGGUUUGUACGGCUCUGUUCUGCAAGCCCUCCCAGCCAUCCAUAAGGCCAUAAAGGCUGCCUGAGGGGUAAACACAGAGCAGAUCCGGCCACAACAGGACAGACUUAUUUAUUUAGGUUAUCUGUAUAUCUGGAUGUGGGUGGAAACCCACGCAGACACAGGGAAAACAUACAAAUUCCAUACAGAAAGCCCCAGGUCGGAUUUGUAAGCCAGUCAUAAGUAACAUUUGGUCUCAUGUGCUGGUCAGCUUGCUGACUUCCCCCUCCUGGAGCAUACAUUGUUAGCCCCCACCGUUGGCACACAUGCAUGUGGGGGAGAGCUAGAGAAGGAUUCUUAGAGGCACCUUCUUGGGCCCUGGGGGCCCCCCUUUUUCUCACAUUCCUACAGGAUUUGAGUACAGGAGUACUGGAGAUGGCAUAAAGAUGUUUCAUGAUAAUCCCAGGUCAGAAUAUAGUGAUGUUUGGUGUUAUUCUGAUUGGUUCAGUGCGACUGGUGUAAUGGUCUAGUUUUUGUAACAGUCUAUUGUUGAUAUCAUAACCAUUCAGGAGCCGAGGGGAAACUGGGCAAAAGCUGUCUCUGUAGAAGCCAUGUGUUUUAGCCCCCUGCCUGGUGGGCCUGGCUGUAAAUUAUAGAUGGGUGACUCACUUUUAGGGUCAAGAACUAAGGCCUGGAUUUCGGAGAUAAGGAGAAGAAACCAAACAGUCUGGGGUGUCUCCUUUCCUUUCAUUCACCCAAAUCAGGUUUAUCCAAAAGGUAUAUUACCAUGAGAGGCACAAAGACAUAUUUACAGCAUAAUGCAGUUAUCAUGAAAACUCCCAACUACAGCAUUCAUAGAUAUGAUGGGGCGGCCUGUAGCAUAGUGGUUAAGGUCAGGAAGGGCUGCCAUUUGUGAGGGGCCUGAGAGCUGGGGUUUCAAUGUCACUUCCAAGGGGGAAGACUCCGGACAAUGCCACAUUGCCCUCAUUUGGGCACCGCUGUCAUUACACCGGUGACUGCUGUCCUAGAUUAAAUAUUCAAAACUGCUAUUAAGAUAGUAAAUAUACCCGGUAACACCUUGAAAACAUUGCCCAGGUGAUCCUUGUAUUAUUGCAUUAAGUCUUAUGUAAUGGUAACAGGAAUUGCAUGUAAAAUGGAUAAUCAGGAGGGAAGUUUCAUGAUAACUGCAACAUAAUAAAACAUAAGGGUAAUCUGUUUGGUAUGGAUGUGAUCUGAUAAAAUCAAAGAAUCGGAUGAGAUACAUUUCAUACCAAAUGGAAUUGAAUAAACUAUAGUUUCGGUAUCCCAAGGGAAAACCUACACGUCCUCUCCUGGUAAUCAUCUCAUUUUCCCUACUCAACAACCCCCAACGGUGGAGGUCUAAAUUCCAGAUUUGACCGACACUGCCGUCUGGUUCCAAACGUAUGAUUUGGCAUAAAAGCAAGGGAGACAGACCAAUCUGGGAAGAUCAUAUUCGCCUUCCCACACAGCAUAUUGUACGUGUAUGUAAGUAUCAGGAAGAUCGUAUUCGACUUCCACACAACAUGUCUUAUGUAUGUAUGUAUGCAUGUAUGUGUAGCAGCGGAAGAUCAUAUUCAACUUUCCACAUGGCAUAUUCUAUACUCUGUGUUUGUGUGUAGUCCAAGCAGGCUAGGUAUGAUUAUUUACUCUCUCUAUUCUUAAUUUGUGUAUUUUAUAAUUGAUUAUGAUAUUCUGAAGCCAAUAACCUACCUGUCUGCGAAUAAACUAUUUUGUUUGUAACUUG